UUUUUUUUUUUCUGGAUAACAAAUAAAAAUACUUGUGAGUUGUUGUUUGGAGAUGUUCGUCUGCCAGGUUUGAAGACGCAAACAAGGCGAAACUGUCAAGUUCCUCUAAACAAAGGCAUCAUAGAUUACAACACAUGAUUGUUUAUGAUUAGUAUGAUGUUUUUGAACCUUUGCGCGUAUGCAGUUUUCUUUAAACUAGACCACGAGUCAUCUUGAGUGACUUUCACUGCAUUAAUGCUGCUGAACUGAAGCAGAAAAACACUCCUUACAGAAUGCUGGACUGAAGGUACGGAAGAUGGCAUCUGCGAUUUUUGAGGGUACAUCCCUGGUCAACAUGUUCGUGAAGGACUGCUGGGUUAACGGGAUUCGCAGACUCAUUAUAAGGGGAGAGGAAGAGGAGUUCUUUGAGAUAAGGACCGAAUGGUCGGACAGAAAUAUUCUCUACCUGCACAGAAGCUAUUCGGACUUGGGAAGACUUUUAAAAAGACUUGUAGAUUGUUUCCCGGAAGAGAGAAGAGAUUUAUCCAAGUCUCCUCUGAUAGAAGGACUUGUGAAAGUUAAAGAAGCGGGAGACAUUGAGACAAAGCUAAAUGAAGUGGAGAGACUGUUGAAGAAUGCCAUCAACAUGCCAUUGAAGUUUUCUAGGUCAGAGGUUGUCUUAACAUUCUUUGAACGUUCACCGCUAGAUCAAAUCCUGAAGAAUGAUAAUGUCCACAAGAUUCAGCCAUGCUUUCAGAGUCCAGUUAAGAUUUCAGAGAUCAUGAGGUCUAAUGGCUUUUGCCUGGCAAACACAGAGACCAUUGUGUUUGAUGAGAGCGUUCCACUGGACAAAGAGCGACCUUCCUCCACUGACUCAGCCCAGCACUCGUAUGAUGAAGAUGGAAGAGAAUCCCUGGAUCCGGUGGAUCAAGAUCUGAGUGAUGAUGACCCAGAGGCUUACGUCACUAACCUUUCCUACUACCACCUGGUUCCCUUUGAAACAGAUAUCCUGGAGUGAUGCGUACAAUUCUGCAUGGGAAUAAACUUACUGGGGCAUACUGCACCCCACGUCCCCUACAGCGAUGGGAAUGCUCUGCAGUUUAUAUGCUUCUGCUGCUCAGUAGUGUUUUUGAUGGCAGUAAGAGAAGGAUAUUUUUAAAAUGCAAGGAUUAACACUUACUUAGAAGCAACUCACUGCAUUCUGUGUUGAUCAGAUUUGCUGGUCUGAGCCCAUAAUAACACUCACCUAUGUGCCUCAUUCUUCAACUUAAUAUCAAGCUGCAGACAAGACACCAUACAUGGAACAAACAUAAGGAUUAGGACGAAUUCUGCUAUUUCUGGAGUACAGAUUUGAGGAGGGCUGGAACACUGGCUUUUUAUUUAAAGUCCGGGCUGCAUUGACUUUUUUAGAAGUUGUGAUUCAUUUGACCUGUUUUUCCAAGGCUUGAUUGCCAGAAAACCUGCCUGAAUAUUAUUCUCCAGAAAGAAUCUAUGCUGUGAGAAGCUUUCUGACAAUCCUGUGACUUUGGUUAUGUUCUCUUUGUAUAUGCAGAAGCAGAUCAGCAUAAGAAUAUAUAUAAAAAUGGAAGAUGCAAUCAUAAUGGAACUCAUUGGAACUUACAGACUGGAUUAAAAUAGCCAAAUGCUUAGUAUUUUCUUGACAAAAAAAAAUCAGCCUUGCUGUUAUGGAAGACUGGUUCUAUUGAUCUGGCUUCCGUAAUGAACUUUCACACACUCCUCCCAAAUUUGCCCUUUAGUUACAUAUUGUAUAAUAAAAGGUUAAUUUCAUGGUGGAGAGCAGGAAGAUUAUUUUUAGAGUAAACUUUUGUUUACUUUCUCCAGGGGAAUAAUUUUGGUUACUUUCAACCCCAGUAGUCUCAUGACAACUUGUAAUAAUUUGUAAAAGAUGGCGAAAUUGUAAGAUAUUCUGCGACUUGGCUUGUACAAAAUGGUACGACUUUUAUUCCCACAGAGACUAACCAAUCAACAAACAUAACUUUACAUUCACAAUACAGGCGUCACAUUUUAGCUAGCCUCAUAUCACAUCACAUUGUGGAGGAAGUAAAUAUCGAGACGUUUUGGCAUCUUGGUUUCAAAAAAUUAGCUUUUUGCAGUGAGGAGGACGUACUGAGUUCUGAAACUUACAGUAUUUUUUUAUACUACAAUUACCUCUUAUAUGCCAAAAAAGCAAUAUUUUAUUCUUCAUGUCAUGACCCUUUUAAGCAAGGAAAUAUCAGUGAUAAACUUAUUUACUCAUUCACAGUCAUGCAAUACAAAUUACUGAUGUAUGUCAAGACCUGUAAUAUUUGUCCUUUUGUUACAAACCCAGAUGUUUUCUUUCUUCAUGGUACACAGAAGUCAUUUUUCAGUUAUGUUUAGUGUUUGGGUAUGGGGUUAGACUUUUUAGUUAAGUCUAGAUUAAGGGAUUAAUUUAGGAAAAACUGUGCUAAAAUGUUUCAUUGGACCAUUAAAGUUUCUCUGAGGAAAAGUUGUACGUUUUUGUACGAGCCAAAUCAUAUGAUUUCUUACAAUUUCACACUCUCGUACUAUUAUUAUGAAUUGUAAUGAGACCAGGCUUCGACCUUUAAUGUUUCUUAUUCAAAUAUGUAAAGGUGCACUUGUGUUCUGAUUUGGAUGAAUUCUGAAUAAAAUCUUGUUAGCAGAAAGAGGCAGUUGUUCAAAAUAUUACACUUUUACAACAACGAGCAACUUUUCAUAAAAAAUGCAAACCAAAACCAUACAUUUUGUUCACAAACUACUGCUUUAUGAAUGCACAAAAGUUUACAUUUCAAGAAGUUUGCAAAAUUGGCCUUGGUAGCUCAGGAAGUAUUGACGCUGACUACCACCCCUGGAGUCGUGAGUUCGAAUCCAGGGUGUGCUGAGUGACUCCAGCCAGGUCUCCUAAGCAACCAAAUUUGCCCAGUUGCUAGGGAGGGUAGAGUCACAUGGGGUAACCUCCUCGUGGUCAUGAUUAGUGGUUCUCGCUCUCAAUGGGGUGGGUGGUAAUUGUGCGUGGAUCACAAACAGUAGCAUGAGUCUCCACAUGCUGUGAGUCUCUGCAGUGUCAUGCACAGUAAGCCACAUGAUAACAGGUGCGGAUUGACGGUCUCAGAAGCGUAGGCAACUGAGACUUGUCCUCCGCCACCCGGAUUGAGGUGAGUAACCGCGCCACUACGAGGACCUACUAAGUAGUGGGAAUUGGGCAUUCCAAAUUGGGAGAAAAUGGGAUAAAAGAAAAUAAAUAAAUAAAAAUAAAUUGCAAAAUUACGCAAAUGCUUUUUAGCCAUUUUGUUUUAGUGUAAUGCUGGAGAAAGUGUUAUUUUCUUAGAAUCCAAACUCCACUCCUCACUAUGCAACAGCAUGGCUGAUGUGCCUGAGGGAUCUCAGUCUUGAAUGAGACCCUGCUCAUCACUCCAAAAACAAGAAGCAAAUUUCGACCAUCUAUAUGACCAUUUUGUGGAGGCAAUCAAAACUUGUGUCUGUGUAAUCUUUUUAUGUGUGUGUUCACUUUUUGACUCAACAGUAUGUAGAAAAGUGUUUACAACAGAAAAUGCCUACAUCAGCAUAACAUUUUAAAAUGAUAAACAGUCAAUGACUAAACAUGUAUCCGAUCUGUUUCCUUUAAUCUUAAUAUCUAACAAGUGUGGUAUGAUAAAUAACACUGUAGCAAAUCUGAAAAGUGAAAAUUCUGUCAUUUAAUCACCCUCAUAUUGUUCCAAACUCAUAUGACUUUCUUUCUUCUGUGGAACAUGAGAGAUGUUUGGCAGAAUGUUAGCCUUAGUCACCAUUCACUUUUGUUGUAUGGAAAAAAUAUGAAAUGAAAGCAAAUGGUGACUGAGGUUCACAUUGUUCUUAACAUAUCCUUUGUGUUCCACAUAAGAGAGAAAGUCAUACAAGUUUGGAAUGACAUGAGGGUGAGAUUUUUUUAGUGAACUAUUCUUUUAAAUCCUCUCCACCAAUAGCUGGUGUGUGGUGGGCGUUCUGGCGCACUAUGGCUGCCGUCGCAUCAUCCAGGUGGAUGCUGCACACUGGUGGUGGUUGAGGAGAUUCCCCCUAUACUAUGUAAAGCGCUUUGAGUUUGAGAAAAGCGCUAUAUAAAUGUAACUUGUUGUUGUUGUUGUUGUUAAAUCCCUCUCUGAAAUUUUUUUUUGAGAAUUUUAUUCAGUGCAUACUAAAUACUUGCUUAUGGUCUUUUAGCGAAGAACUGUGUAUACAAAGGACAUGCACACACUUGGCACAAGGCUCUUAGUCCACACAAACACACACAUGCACAAACACACCCCUAUUUGUAAUUCAGCCAUGAUCUCCCUGCUACCCGUGAGAAAGUUUUGCUCUUUUUUUCAAUUCACAGAUUUCUGUUUUUCUAACCCUUCCCUCUCUUUCUCUGAAAUACAAAGCAUAAAAACAUCAAUAGCAUUAAGGAUGCAUUUUAUACUACGGAAGAAUUGGUAAUGGUAUUUGAGAUUGUAUUUAUAGACUUUUGCAAAUGAACCAAUUUAAUUUGAAUUUGUCUCACUAUGAUCAAAGCCUCAGACAUUGACUGGUCAGCCAUAAAACAUUCCUUUGUGACUUUGUGACAUCCAAUACAUUCUCCUGCCUCUCAUGCAAAAUACCAGAAGAUGCUCUUAGACUGCACAGUGCACACUACAGUAUAAACGAGUUUUCUCAUAAGUGUUGAACUGUAAACAAAUUAGAUUACGAGAGCAUUGCCUUCAUCUUGCACUCAUGCAAGUCUCAUUUAACAUAGGACAUAGGGCAAAGGAAUGGAGUGUGUAUGCCUGAUUAAAGUACAUUAUUUGCAGCAAGACAUGACCGCAUAGCGCAUUGUAUGUCAGAAACAAAAGAUUUUAUAGAAGUUAUUUCUGGUCACUGAAUUUUUAUUUCAUGUAAUGAUAAUUUCUAUAAGCAUUAAAUGGAAAGGUUAUUUUUUACUGUGUCUCUCAUAUUUUAUAUGAAGCACAAGUUCUUAGUUUAAAUAUCAUGGUUAAUUUUUGACUGGGUGGGUUUCAAAGAGGGUACAUCACAUUAUGUGUUGCUAAAUUUUUCAUAUAGUUGAAAUGAAAUGCAUAUUUGUGAAUAAUUUAUAAAUGAC